AUGGGCAAGGGAAGAGUUUUGAUCAUAGCUGGUUCUGACAGCUCAGGCGGAGCGGGUCUGGAAGCAGAUCAGAAAGUGGUUGCGGCACAUGGCUGCUACGCCAUGACCGCUACCACGGCCUUGACUGCCCAGAACACUCUUGGAGUUGUUGAUAUCCAUCAGACUCCGCCCGAAUUUGUUCGGAAAUUGAUCGAUGCAUGCAUCAGUGACAUUGGCGUGGAUGUGGUCAAGACUGGCAUGUUAGCUUCUUCGAAGACCAUCGAAGUGGUGGCGAAUGCUCUUCAACACCACCAUGUGACCACUACAGUAGUUGACCCAGUCAUGGUAUCAACCAGUGGUUUUCAAUUGCUGCCUGAAGAUGCCGUUCGCGGACUGAGAGAGCAUCUCCUCCCAAUGACUACGAUCCUCACGCCAAAUGUCCCGGAAGCGACGCUGCUUCUUUCUAAUGCCGGCAAACCCGUUCGUGAGCCCGAGAAUGUCGAGGAUCUAAUAGACGUAGCCAAGGCUGUGCAGUCACUCGGUCCCAAGUAUGUUCUGGUGAAAGGGGGCCAUCUCCCGCUCAAGAGAGACGGCACUGUUUCAAGCACAGCUGCAGAGAGAGAGCUUGUGGUCGAUAUUCUUUACGGAGAAGGCCAAGUAACGAGAAUAGAGACAGGUUAUCAGGAAUCGAAGAAUACCCAUGGGACUGGAUGUUCGUUGGCAUCCGCGAUUGCAUCAAAUCUUGCGAAUGGGCUGGACAUGGUACAGGCUGUGAAGAUGGCGUGUAGAUACGUCGAGGCAGGUAUCAAGACUUCCUCGGAUCUAGGUCACGGAAAUGGCCCAAUUAACCAUUUCCACUCAACCUAUACCUUACCAUUCGCUCCGGGUCAUUUCCUUGAGUACGUACUGGAAAGGCAAGAUGUCCUCAAGAGUUGGCGGGGAUAUACCGAACACGAUUUCGUUGCUGGACUCGCUGAUGGGAGCUUGCCGGUACAGUCCUUCAAGAACUACCUCAUGCAAGAUUACCUAUUCUUGAUCCAAUUCUCGAGGGCAAAUGCCUUGGCUGCCUAUAAGGCAAAAACGAUAGAAGAUGCUGUUGCGGCUGCCAACAUUGUAGCUCACAUACAACACGAAAUGGGCUUGCAUAUCGAGUAUUGUAAGGGGUUCGGCGUGACCAAGGAGGAAAUGGAGGCCACGGAGGAGAGCCAGGUAUAUCGGCUGAUCGGGUGUAGAUAUGUUCUUGACAUCGGGCAGUCCCAGGACUGGUUUGCUCUGCAAGUCGCCCUCGCACCCUGUCUGAUCGGCUAUGGUGCAAUUGCCAAGCGGCUUCAUGCCGACCCGAAAACAAGACGAGACGGUAACCUAUAUUGGAAAUGGAUCGAGAAUUAUGUUGACGAUGAUUACGCUGAGGCGGUGCGAAUAGGAACGGCUUUACUGGAGAAACACGCAGUUUUGCAGUCUCCGAGCCGGAUAGAAGAAUUGGUGCAAAUAUUCAUUCACGCAACCAAGAACGUCAACAUGUCCUACGGCGGUGGCGGUUACGGUGGCUCGCGAGGCGGCAGUGGGUACGGCUCAUCUUAUAACUCCUACAACAGUCGCGAUAACUACUCCAGUGGCUACAAUCAUGGGUAUGACAACCUAAGACCUAGAUCUGGUGGUUAUUCAAAUGGCGGCGGCUAUGGAGGCUCGUCCAAUGUAAAUGGUUACAGCGGAGGAGGUGGUGGUGGUUACGGAGGUGGAGGAUACGGCGGCGGUGGUGGUGGCGACCGCAUGUCCAACCUCGGCGCCGGUCUUCAGAAACAGAACUGGGACCUCUCAAGCCUUCCAAAGUUCGAAAAGUCCUUCUAUAAGGAGGACCCUGUGGUCACCGCUCGCUCCGAAGCCGAUGUCGCAAAGUUCCGAGCUGAACACCAAAUGUCUGUCCAGGGUCGCGAUGUCCCACGUCCAGUUGAGACCUUCGAUGAAGCCGGUUUCCCCGCCUACGUUAUGAGCGAAGUCAAGGCACAAGGUUUCCCAGCACCCACUGCUAUCCAGUCUCAAGGUUGGCCCAUGGCUCUGUCUGGACGUGACGUUGUGGGUAUUGCCGAAACUGGUUCCGGAAAGACCUUGACCUACUGUCUUCCUGCUAUUGUCCACAUCAAUGCCCAACCUCUCCUUGCUCCAGGCGAUGGCCCCAUUGUCUUGAUCCUUGCCCCUACUCGAGAGUUGGCUGUACAGAUCCAGCAGGAAAUCAGCAAGUUUGGCAAGUCUUCGCGCAUCCGCAACACCUGUGUUUACGGUGGUGUUCCCAAGGGUGGUCAAAUUCGUGACCUCGCAAAGGGAGUGGAGGUCUGCAUUGCCACUCCAGGUCGUCUCAUUGAUAUGAUCGAAUCUGGAAAGACCAACCUUCGUCGUGUUACUUACCUCGUUCUUGACGAGGCCGAUCGCAUGUUGGACAUGGGUUUCGAGCCCCAAAUUCGUAAGAUCCUCGGCCAAAUCCGCCCGGACAGACAGACUUGCAUGUGGUCCGCUACAUGGCCAAAGGAAGUUCGCGCUCUUGCGUCCGAUUAUCUGCACGAUUUCAUUCAGGUCAACAUUGGUUCCAUGGAGCUGUCUGCUAACCACAGAAUUACUCAAAUCGUGGAGGUCGUUUCCGAGUUUGAGAAGCGCGACCGGAUGACGAAACAUCUUGAAAAGAUUAUGGAAGACAAGGACAACAAGAUCUUGAUUUUCACAGGAACUAAGCGUGUCGCUGACGAUAUCACACGCUUCCUUAGACAGGACGGAUGGCCUGCGCUAUCUAUUCACGGAGACAAGCAACAAAAUGAGCGUGAUUGGGUUCUGAAUGAGUUUAAGACUGGCAAGAGCCCCAUCAUGGUUGCCACUGAUGUGGCUUCUCGUGGUAUCGAUGUCCGCAACAUUACUCACGUGUUGAACUAUGACUACCCGAACAACUCGGAGGAUUAUAUCCAUCGUAUUGGUCGUACGGGUCGUGCUGGGGCAAAGGGAACUGCCAUUACCCUUUUCACCACUGACAAUCAAAAGCAGGCUCGUGAUCUAGUGUCAGUCCUCACUGAGGCAAAGCAGCAGAUUGAUCCCCGACUUGCCGAGAUGGCCAGAUAUGGCGGCGGCGGUGGUGGUGGCCGAUACGGUGGUGGAUGGCGUGGCGGCCGUGGCGGACGAGGUGGUGGAGGAGGUUUCACCUCUUCUAACGCGGCGCCCCUCGGGAGCAACCGACGUUGGUAG